UUUUUUUUUUUUUUCUUUUUCUUUUCGUUUUCGCUCUCGCUCUCUUUUCUUCCUUUCCUCCCACCCUUCCCGAUUUUCUUUAAGCAGUUGGUCUUCCUUCAUCUCUUCUUUCUUCUCUCUCUAUUUCUUACGAAUUUUCACCAAUCCCAACAGGCUUCUUCGACUUUCAUCAUAAUGCCUAAACAACAGCAACAGCAACAGCAACAGCAACAGCAACAGCAACGGCCACAGGAAUUUGUUGUAACAGUACCGCCCAAUCAAGAUACCAACCAAGUAUCUAUUGGUUCAAGGAUCAAAAAAUUUUUCAAGGCCGAUGAUAAGAAAAAUAUCAUGCUGUCGCAAAGGGAUUCUGAUGUUCUCGCCAAGGUCAAGAGAAGAGCCAAAGUACUAGACACUGGAUUGGAUCUUGGUGUUGCGAAAAUUGGAAUUGAUCCUAUCCUUGGUCUAGUCCCAGUUGCAGGCGAUGCAAUCACCAUGUUCCUGGCCCUCCGCUUGAUUCACACCGCACAAGAAGCUGAUAUUCCCAAAUCUCUCACGCAAAGGAUGCUUCUCAAUGUGGCUAUUGAUUUUGGGCUUGGUUUGGUUCCUGUCCUUGGCGACAUCGGAGACUUUUUGUUUAAAGCAAAUGACAAAAAUGCAAAGCUAUUCGAGGAAUUUAUUUAUGAGCGUGCUGCAAAGCAAGCUGCCCAACAAGCAGCAGCUGCAGCUGCAGUGGCCAAUCUUGCAGUCCCAGCAGUUGCAAGUCAAAGUAAUACAACCACAACAUCUAAAGGUUUUGGCUUUGGUCGCAGUCAGAAACCUCAGCACACCACUAUUCCAAUGGGUACAGUCGCGGCUGUCUAGGUGAAUGAUUGUGAUGAUUGAUCUCCACUUUGUACAAUUUUUCAUACUAUAUAUAUUAUCUAUUACUCAUCUCAUCAUAAUAAAACAAUCAUACUAAUAAAAUA